AUGGGAUGGCAACUUAUUCCAUACUGUAUUCGUCGUCCAAUAAGUAAUGAAAUCGAUGACAUUCGUAAAAAUUCAACUCUAUGUUAUGGUACGUUAUAUUCAUUUCGUCAACUGAAAAGUUUCAAUAUAAUCAGUCAAAAUUUAUUUGAUUGGUAUGCGUCGAAUGAUAUUAUUAAUGAUUAUGAAAAAUAUCUUAGUCAACAUACAGUGUCAAAUAGUGAACAAUUAUUUUGUAAUUGUUCGGAUGGUUGGUUUGGUACACAAUGUCAGUAUCGUAUUCUUUCGGAUGACAAAGGUGAAUCGUUUGACAACAUAAUUACUCAACAAUUCGCUUUGAAACCUACAUUUGCUUAUAUGAAGAGAAUUGAAGUGGACGAAAAGAAUAUCAGUCUCACAUGUUAUAUUGGCUUACAGUGUAAUAGCACCUUAUGUUUAGAUUGGAGACAAAUAUGUGAUGGCAUUGUUGACUGUGAACAAGCCGAAGAUGAACAAAAUUAUACAAAAUUAGAAUUGAAUGUAUGCGAUACAAAAACUGAAUUUCGAUGUAAAAAUAACCAAUGUUCCAUUAUUAUGAUACUUGGAGACUCAAAGAAUAAUAAAAUUUAG